AUGUCCGGCGAGAUAGCUAGGGAGAUCGACGACCUGAAGCGGCUCCUCGAGACGCCGAUGCGCGUCGCACCGGCGCGGCGGUCGCCAGGGAGGAGCCGCUACGCAGGGGGCACGCCUCCACGGUCGCCCACCGCGACGGUGGACGCGUCGCGGAUGUCGCGGCCGGUGGCGUCGUUCGACUUCGGCGCGAGCGCGGGCGAGGUCGCCGCUGCGUCGCGCCCGCAGCAGGCCAUGAUGCACGCCCUCGGCAACACGGAGGCGAUGAUGGCCAACCUGCAGCGCAAGCUGUCGACAGGUGAUGCGGAGAUGGAGGCGGCGUACGCGGAGGCCAGGGAGGUGCACGGCCAGCAGAUGGCGCGCAAGGAGGCGGAGAUCGCGGAGCUGCGUCAGCUCGCGAGCCAGAGGGAGCGGGAGAAGGACGACAUUCGCAGGAGGGCCGGGGAGCAGAAGGCUGCGCUGGAGAAGCGCCUCGCGGACUCGGAGGCGGCGCUGGCGGAGGCGAGGGCCGAGGCGAGGCACCUGCGCGACGCCCUCGGGGCCGCGCAGCAGGAGACGACGACGUUGCGCUCGCAGCUACAGAACCAGCAGCGCGCCUUCGAGAUGGAGAUGCAGACGACCGCAGCUCGGCACGACGCGGCCAUGGAGGCGACGCAGCUGCGCAUGGAGAGCGAAAAGAGGGAGCUGAUGAGCCAGCUGGACAACUUGAAGGAGAAGCUCCAGGUGGAGAUGAAGCGGCUGGAGAGUUCCGUGGAGUCGCUGACGCAGGAGCGGGACGCGGAGCGCGCGGCGAAGGAGGCGGCGGUGGCGGAGCGGGACGCGCUGCGCGGCGCGCACACGCAGCUGCAGGCGGAGCACGCCGCGGUGCAGACGCGCGCGGAGGACCUCGCGCGGGGCAAGGAGGAGGCGGAGAGCGAGGUGCGGGGCCUGAAGGGGGAGCUCGAGGGCCUCAAGGACGCGCACCGCAGCCUGGCCAGCGAGCACGGCAGCGCAGUGCAGCAGCUGCGGCAGGAGCGCGAGGGGCGGCAGGGGGCGCGGGCGGCGCUCGAGGAGCUCAGGAAGGAAGCUGCGGCGGCGACGGAGGCGGCCAAGCUCGAGGAGUACAAGCGGAAGCAGGCGGUGGCGAAACUGCACAAGGAGCGGAAGAACCGUCUGGACGCGCAGCAGACGAAGGAGAUCUGCCGGAAGCUGCAGUGCGAGCGGAAGGCGCGCCGGAGCCUCGAGAGGUGGCUCGAAGCCGAGCUGCAGUCGCGGGAGGAGAUGGAGACGCUGUUCGUGACGCUGCGCGACAUCGCGCUCACGCGGGACCGGCCCACGGAGUCCGGCGACGUCCGUGCGCUCGCCGACUUGAUCCGCAAGUACGAGGCUCGCGUGUCGGCGACCGACACGCUGCGGCACGAGGCGCUGCAGGCGAACGGGCGGUUCGGCGGCGCGGCGGAGGGCUCGCCGGGCCGCGAGGCGCUGGCGUACAAGAGCGUGAUCGACCGCGACAGCGAGGCGCUGCGCAGCGAGGUGGCCAAGCUGCGGCAGCUGCUCACAGAGAAGCUGGUGGGGUGA